ACACAGCGGAGUGGAAUCAGUCAUAGAUGGGACUCCGUGUGCGGUAGUUGCCACAAAUUUCCCUCAAACUAAAAGAGAAAAAAGAGACAAAUUCUCUCGCCUGUCUGUGUGCUUUUUAUCCACAUACACUACAUGUAGUCAGUGCUAUAUACCGGAACAGUUUGUUGCUAAUUGAAUUAAUUUCCACACAGAACUGUGCGGUCACUUUGUCCAGGCAAAAUUUCCCAACACAUUCCCCGAGAAUAAUUCUAUGGACAAAUACCCAAACAAGUGGGUGGUUAAUUGAAGUUGAUUGUUCUUUGCGAACGCACGAACGGGAGGGUUUGGGUGAUGAAAACAGGAGGAAAUUGCGUGAAUUUUUGCUGUGAGAGAGAAGGUGGAAAUUAUUAGAAAACUUUCCACGGAUCUCGUCUCCCCCUAGAAGAUCCAAUAAGGGAUUUUUGUCCCCAAACAAGAAGAAAGUGUGGGGGAACAAAAUUAUUUCUUCCACGAAAAAGAAGAGACUCAAGAACAGGGAGGGCAAAAAACUAUCAGAUUUCUAAUUGAGAGAUAGAAAAUGCGAAGGAGUAAAUUUUCUGUCCAACACGCAAAAGUUGAUCUCAAUUAAAUGUGUGGUAUAUCCCUUUGCCAUCAUUAAUCCUUAAGCCACUCUUGUCAGUGUUUUUUUUGCGGCUCGGGCAUCCUCGUGCUGCUCCUUGAGAGAGAAUCUUAUCAGUAGCCGUACCCCGCACGCAAAAAACAGGGGAGGAGGGUGGUGAAAACGACAACCAACAAAAAAAAAAACGUUACGAGAUGAAGGCGUUUGUGGGGCGAAAAAGUGGUCGGAGUGCUGAAAUUUGUUCAAUUCUCAUCCUGAUGAUUGCUACAAAAUGUUUGGCAUCAUCAUCGUCCCCCGAGGAGGAGGAGUCCACCGAAUCCACUGAAUUUCCAUCCACAGUGGAACCGGACGCAGCUCCAGGAUGCAACCCACCGAAAAUAAUCCGACCACGACGUGAGGGUACGAGUACGGUGGCCCCGAUAAUGUCCAUUGAGACAACUCAAAUUUACCUUCCGGAAGAUUUCACGACAGCUGACCUGGAGCUUGUGGGGCAUGAGGGGGCUAAAUCCAUGGGGCGGGAUCAUUUGCGCGAAAACGAGUCACCUGAGUCGCGCUAUACAAACUUCUCCCCGUACUCGCUGAAUCAGCAGAAGAAUCGUGCAAAGCGACACGGGCGCAGGAAACGGGGACUACCCAUUGUGGAGAAGGAAAGCCCCGAUGCCCAUAUUUAUAUCCAAUCGGCGGAUUUAGUUAGUAGUCUCGCCUCGGGUGAGGCAAAUAAAUCCGGAGGCGAGGGUGUGUAUUAUGGAUUUGGCAGCAGCGGUAAGCACGACAUACACACAUCAGACGCACAUAAAUCGAAUGGAUCGGACACAGAUGCUGGGGUGCCACAUCAAAGAGUGAAGAGGAAGUCGGGAAAAACCACAGGCGCGCUCAGUCGCCCCAAACCCGGACAUUCGGAUUCCAGCUCCAAGAGUACCAACCGGAAAAUGCAAGUUGGACCGGAUGAUGGCAGUGAGGACCACCGACUACCCUACCCGGGUGAGUAUAUUGAGUCCAGUGAGGAAGAAUCCGAGGAGGAUGCUGAGGAGAAGGAAAUCAAUCAAUUCCGCAUCGUGAGUGAGAUUCGCUUUCCCAGUGAGAUUGGGCCACUCGGUGAUCGACGCCUCUGCAAGAUUAAGUGUGUUAAGGGAAAAUGGGUUGGACCACUGUGUGCUGCAUCAUUGGAUGAAGAUGAAUACGGAAAUUUCAAAUUUCAACCACUCUACAAAAGCUGUCACGUCAAUCGGAUUCCACCUCAUUUACUUUUGAGCUACAGAAAUGUUUCCGUGACCGUCGGCUGGGAUCUACCCCAUGGCCACUCACUCCAGGCCAGAUGCAAAGACUUGGGUAUGUACAAACUUCUCGGGGAGUCUCGUGUUUUGUGCUCCAACGGGCUAUGGGCACCACGGAUGCCGUCAUGUGUUCCAACAACACUUCUCACCAACUAUUCAGAUGACAGCCCACCGUCCAUUCGUAUUAAGGUGGGUGUGGGAUCGGGUGCCUUUGAACCGAGUGGUGUGCUAGCAGUUCUCCCCGGGAGUACCAUACACCUCGACUGUAUGUACCCCCGACCCCGUGGUACACCCGAAUGGACAUGGACUGGAUACUUUCGCCAAUAUCUCACGGGUUGGUCCACCAUGCCCGAGGAGAAGGCCAACAAGUACCGUCUGACGAUAAAGGAUAUUCAAAAUCAGGAUACGGGCACGUAUACAUGUGCCUCACCACGGGGACUCACCAAUAGUAUCGUCAUUGUUGUCGCUGUGUCCCAGUGCCCAAUGGUACCGGAUCCUCUAGCUCCGCUCCAGCUACGUCUCGAGGGUACAAAGUUGGGUCAGAGGGCACUGUAUCACUGCCCCUUGGGAUACACACUCGAUGGCGUUGCCAAUUCCACGUGCCUGGCAUCUGGAAAUUGGUCAUCACCCCCACCAUCGUGCCAUCCUGUCCAGUGUCCCUCACUGUAUCUGGAGGAUCCCCAUUUGAGCCUUGUGGAAUUGAAUACCUCAGCAUGGGGGCGUGCUGUAUUCAAAUGUUCCUGGGGAUAUCGACUCAGUGGCCCACCUGGACUGGAGUGUGAACCAUCUGGUAUAUGGAGUGGUCCCGUUCCACGGUGCAGAGCAAUCCAGUGCCCGCAACCUCUGGUGCCGAUAAAUGGACGUAUCGACGGGACAAGUGGCUCCAAUAGCCAACGACGCUACCCUGUUGGCGCCCUGGUCAUGUUCAGCUGCACCGAAGGGCACAUCCUCGUGGGUGAGGCGAGUAUUGUUUGCGCCGAAACUGGGUUGUGGUCUCAGCCACCACCGUUCUGUAAAGCCCAGUGCCCGUACCCUGGAGAUCCGCCCAAUGGUUUAAUUGCCCCAUUGAAAUUUCACUAUGAUCCCGGAGAUUAUCUCAGUGUCCAGUGCCGUCCGGGCUUUGUCCAGUAUGGCGCCAAUGGGCCACCUGAGCGCCCACGUUGCCUCCCGGAUGGGAAUUGGUCAUCACCUGUGCCGCAAUGCAAAAACUACGAAGAUGUAUAGGAGUAGAAGGACAAACCGACAUCUCCCCUUGGGGGCGCUACACACAAAUCCCUUUAGAAUUGCCAGCACACAGCACCACCCGUACAAAGGAGUUGUGUGUGGGAUGGUGAAUGUGUCGUAAAACCAAAAGGCAACCAACCCCCUUCCCUGAAGGAGUAUUCAAGGUAAAUGCAAAAGAGAAGAAGAAAUUGCGCGGGGGAGAAGAAAUGAAAAAUAAAUUCGGAAGACAUUCUAAAGUAAAAGAAAAAAAAUAUAUUUAAAAAUAAAAUAAACCCAAAAACGACUCAAAGAAAAAAUAAUUCGUGUAAAAAAUGAGUAUUUUUUGUAAAUUAUAAGCAAGCAGGGUGAUAACUAGUAAUGGUUAGGAUGAUAGCGAGAGGAAAAUAUCCUUUAUAUAGGAAUUUACUAUAUAACACACAUAAUAUGUUACAACAUCGCCUCCCCCACAAAAGUAUCAAACCAACCCAACCACAGCUGUUGAGCAAACAAAGCCGAAAAAGAAGAAAAGAAAGAAAGUGACCAGAUAUUGAAUUCCUAAAGCUCAAAAAUCUGUUUACUCGCAAGAAUAUAUAGAAUUAUUAUUAUUAAAAAAAAAAACAUAUAUUUAUGCAUCCACCCACAUAUUGUACAAACAAAAAAUCAUUGAAGGAUAUUGCGUAAUCCUAUGCAGUUUUCCCCUAAAGGAUUGCACAACAUUUUUAAAAUUCAUAAAAUGCACCGCCACACGAGAGAGCUUUUUCCGCUUUUUCCCCCCAUUUUUUGAAACGUUUUUAUUAUUAUGUUAUUCUAUUCCCCACAGUUAGACAGAGUGAGAGCGCGCGCUGGCAAUUCGAAUGCUUACUAAAAUGCGCGAAAACAACGUGAAUGAGGAUUUUGAAUUUUUAUUGCCACUAAACAAUUAAAAAUUUACUCUUUUUUCAAAAAAAAAUUCAACAAAAAUGCAAAUUGGAAAAACAAAUAAAAAGUUCACAAAAUAUUGUAAAUUCGGAAUGACCUGGUAGUGCAGUCUUAUAGUCUUAUCAUACUAAAGCUCUACGUGCUUAAAAUUUUCUAAACACUUUGUGAGUAAGAAAAGAGAAAGAUAAGAUCCUAAUAUGCUAAAAGCUGUACUAUGGUAAGGCUGAUAUAGCCCUUCAUCGUUGAAAAAAAGAAAUUUGAAAGUUCUGUUAGUUGUUACAGAAUACGGUAAAAGAGUGAGAAAAAAGUUAAAUCGAUUUUCUUAAGACUUCGAACGCUUCAACAAUUAUUUAAUACAUAGAACAAUUUCAAUUGAAAACCUUAUUAUUUGUAAAAUAAUUCUGUAUGAAAGAAUAUUAAGAGAAAAUGGUGUUCUGUCAAAAAUCUUUUAUCUUUUCUUAAAAUUUUAAAAUUGUAAGAUUUUUACAGUUUGUAUUUUCUUACCCAGAUUUUCUAAAGAUUUUUUUUUAAAUUUUCAUUAAGUCUGAUUUCAAAAUUGUCUGAAAAAAAAGUGUUAAACAAGAAUUCUCUAAAUUUUGCACUAAAAAAAAAUAAAAAUCUUUUUAAAUUGAAUUUAAUUGACUUUUGUGAAAAGAAAUCCUUUUUUAUCCUUUUUAUGCACUCAAAGUCAACAAAAAAUCUGUUUUUAGUUCAAUGAAUUUCAUUGCCGACAUUGCCGAGCUUUAUCCUAUAAAUCUUUUAAAAAAGUUAAUCUAUUUCAUAAUAAAAGAUUUUUGUCAGAAUCAACCAUAAAACAUUAAUUUUAAAGCAUUUUAAAGAUUCCCAAUUAAUCAAUUUCCUAAAAAAUUAAAUUUGAAUGAAAAAAAGUUAAUAAAAAUUUAGUUUUUCAUUUUUCUUUUAACCAUUAAAAUUAAAAAUAUAAAUAUUCAUCAUGACCUUUAUAUUCCCACCGCAAUUAAUUAUAUAUAAAUUUAAUUUAAUAAAUAAAUAAAAAAUUGAAAUAUUAAGUUUCUCUGUAAAACAAUAAAACAAUUUGCUAGUGAGAUCAUUCAAAAUGCAUAUCACGACUAUUAAAAUUAAUCUCCCUCCUCCCUCCCUCCACCCAUUUAAUGAUUCAUCAUGCAGAGAGCAUAUAGACAAAUAAAAAUAUUGUUAUAUCUCCCCACUGAUCUCUAUAUGUAUUUAUCAAGCAAACAAAAGUAUUUAAGCUAAAUAUUAUUAAACUUUUAGACAAAAUUCACAAAAGAAGUGGAUGGAAGGUAUUAUUCCUAAAAGAGAAAGCAUUUGUUAAGAAGAGCAGCAAAGCAAAAAAAAAAAGUGAAAAGAAAAAUGUUAAUAAGAACGUCGUUUUAGAGAAAAUCCAGAUUUACCAAAGUAGUGUGUAUAAAGGAAAAAAAAAUAGUCCGAGGGGGUGUAACGUUUGAAAUCCUACCAAUUGUUACAUUUUGUAGUUUAUAUUUAUAACGAAAAAAAAACUAUUAUCCCAUACUGUGUCAUAUCGCUGUGCAUGUUGAAUUAAAUUAUUAUUAUAUAGCAAUUAAAAAAGAAUGGUAUUCACAAAUAAAAAAAAACAUUUAAAGAA